GCUGCCAUGGAUGUGGAGUCCUGCGGGGUUCGUGGGCGGUGGUGCCGUGAGCUGUGGCUCUCGUGGUGGAUAAGGAUAUGGCCUUGGCCUUUAUCUUUUCCGGAUUGGAUAGGCUGGAGCUGCUGGUUUUGCCGGGGAUUCCUUGCGGUUCUGAUCCAAACUAUGUUGCUUCCUGUGGGCGAGGAUUUGCUUCCUGUGAUAAUGGGAUUUACCAUAGUGAUUUCUUGCCUUCUUAGGAGAUCCUGUCUUAUCCGAAUUAUCCUCGUCUUCCUCAAAAUCCUCCUUGGCGUAUCUGCAAGAAAUCCACUCUGUCUUCAGUUAAGGCAUCGAAUCCCCAAAUUUUGGGCUCUUUUUACGCUAUAGUUAAGGGGGCACGGUAAUUCUUGUUUACCACGCAACACCGGUGAAUGAGGAGUCUUGGUAAACGGGUAUUGGAUUCGGUGACUUGAAUUCACCAGAGAUGGAUUUCUUCAGUGAAUAUGGCGAUGCCAACAGAUACAAAAUUCAGGAAAUCAUUGGUAAAGGAAGUUACGGGGUUGUUUGUUCAGCUAUUGACCAACAUACUGGUGACAAGGUAGCAAUCAAGAAAAUACAGAAUAUCUUUGAGCAUCUAUCUGACGCUGCUAGGAUCCUCCGUGAGAUCAAGCUGCUUCGGCUUCUAAGGCAUCCUGAUAUUGUUGAGAUCAAACAUGUAAUGUUACCUCCAUCGAGAAGGGACUUCAGAGAUAUUUAUGUUGUCUUUGAACUGAUGGAUACCGACCUCCACCAAGUUAUUAAGGCUAACGAUGACUUAACAAAGGAACACCACCAGUUCUUUCUCUAUCAGAUGCUUCGUGCAUUGAAAUAUAUCCAUACCGCUAAUGUUUACCAUCGUGAUUUAAAGCCAAAAAAUAUAUUAGCAAAUGCUAACUGCAAACUCAAGAUAUGUGAUUUUGGACUAGCAAGAGUUGCGUUUAAUGACUCUCCUACCACAGUUUUCUGGACGGACUAUGUUGCUACUAGAUGGUACAGGGCUCCCGAGCUGUGUGGGUCUUUCUUUUCUAAGUAUUCACCAGCUAUUGAUAUAUGGAGCAUUGGUUGCAUUUUUGCGGAGAUUUUGACUGGAAAGCCUUUAUUUCCUGGUAAAAAUGUGGUUCACCAGUUGGAUUUGAUGACUGAUCUCUUGGGCACACCAUCAACAGAUACUAUUUCGCGGAUUCGAAAUGAGAAAGCAAGGAGGUAUCUGAGCAGCAUGAGGAGGAAACAGCCGGUACCCUUUUCAGAGAAGUUCCCCAAAGCAGAUCCUUCAGCGCUCAAGCUCUUACAAAGGCUUCUAGCAUUUGAUCCUAAGGAUCGACCGACUGCUGAAGAGGCGCUGGCUGAUCCCUAUUUUAAAGGCAUUGCAAAAGUGGAGAGGGAACCAUCUUGCCAGCCAAUUUCAAAGAUGGAAUUUGAGUUUGAACGGAGACAGUUUACUAAAGAGGACGUCAAGGAACUUAUAUUCCGGGAGAUACUGGAGUACCAUCCUCAACUACUAAAGGAUUACAUGAAUGGCUCUGAAAAAACAAGCUUUCUAUAUCCUAGUGCUGUCGACAAUUUCCGGAGGCAAUUUGCUAGCUUAGAAGAAAAUGGAGGGAGGAAUGGCACAUUCGACAGGAAGCAUGUUUCUCUCCCAAGGACUACAACCGUUCACUCCACUCCAAUUGCUCCGAAGGAAGGUCCGGCUGCAACAUCCCAGGUUCCUCAAAGGAUUCCAACAGCUAGACCAGGAAGAGUGGUUGGCCCAGUACUACCAUUCGAGAAAGCAAGCGUUACUGAUCCACACAAUGCGCGAAGGGUGGCAAAGAAUCCAGUGGUUCUUCCAGCAACCACCAACCCAUCAGUCUACUGCUACCACCUGAAGCCGGACUGCUCCGACAGACAGCAUCAACAGGAGCUUGAGAAAGAUCGCCUGCAGUAUAGGCCAGGGCAACAUCUCGUGGAUGCCAAGGUGGUGCCUGAGAUGGCCCGGGGCAUGGGGUCGUCACGAUACUAUGUUUCGAAGGGGGUACCCAAAGCUGAUCUGACAGACAGAGCUGCCCUCCAGCAGGGGAGCAUGCUACACGGUAUUGCUCCCUUCAAUGGGAUCACGGCGGUCGCCGGUGCUCUUCACUAUGGAGUUACAAGUUUGUACUAGAGCAAAUGGCCAGUCUGUUCAUUGUGCUUGCCCUUGCUUGAGGUUGAGGGUAAUAAGAUUGGAACCGGAGCGACGCUCCAGCUGCCCUUCCAGUUGGAAAUUCAGAGCGCCGACGGAAGGUGCUUGCCUGAUCAACUAUGCAAGCGUCCUGAAAGGAUUUUUAUGGCGAGCGCUGUCUUUUUUUUCUUUUUCGAAUACGCAAGAGAAUUGCGUGUCAUUAUAUUAAGAUAAAGAGAUAACUAAGUACAAAAUCGUACCGAUGACCGGGUUAGUUUUUAGUUACAUUUACGCCCUGGUCUAAUAGACGCUACCCCGACCUAGGACUCACCGCAUCAAGAUCCUCGGACCAGCUGCUCCCCCCACGCACCACAUUCGUUGCUGUUGUUUGAUAAGCAAUGUGCCAAUGAUCUCGUGCCAAUUUUGUGUUCUUCCUGAUGCCCCAAAAAGUGUAAAAGGAAGGAGGGUGAAAGGGUAGGGGUGAAAAUUCUCAGAGUCGGUUUUGAAGAAGGGGAAGGAUUAUCCAUCUAAAAAAGGUUGUGGAUAUGUGUAUAUUACAACAUUAAUUUUGUAUUUAACUAUUUGAAAUAGUCCGCUUCAUGUUCAA